UUCAGCUAUAGACCAGACGUGUUUGAUAUCAAGACCAACAAAUAUAGACGUUACCAUAUCGUCAAGAGCACUUUCGAUCUCCAGCUAAGUGAUCAGUAUUCACAAUGGCACAGUCACCAUUCCCAAACCAGCAGCUCACGUCCUCACAAUUCGUCGAGUCAUGCGGUGCGAUACUGUUUUCCCUCCCUCGAGCACCAGCAUCGAACCUCGAGGUCUGUAUCUUAAAGUACCUUCUCCGCGACCAAUACAUACUCCCCAAGGGCCGUCGCAACGUGGGCGAGUCCCGGGCUGCAGCCGCCCUGCGCGAAGUCACGGAAGAGACGGGAUAUACAUGCAAACUGCUCCCCGUGACGAUGGCAACUCGCGCUACGGACAGCAAAGACGACCCGGGAGCCGGUGAUCGAGUUAGAAUGAUUGAAGAGAGUACGGAGCCGUUCAUGGUGACUGUGCGCCAAUUAGGAGGCGAGAAAGGAGCGAAGAUUAUAUGGUGGUUCAUUGCUGUUGUGUCAAAAACAGAAGACGGGUCGCAUGGGAAUGGGGGAGAGGAUCAGUUCCAGGCGGAGUGGUAUUCCUGUGAAGACGCUGUGGAAAGAUUACAUUUUGAGACGGACAGGGAUGUUUUGAGGACUGCGAUAAGUCUUGUACAAGAAACCAUUAAGUCAGGCAAGUACUGAACAUGGGUCUUGGUAUAAGACAGUUCAUUUUCUGGUAAACAACAGCAAGGUAGCAUCACCAUUUACAUAUCAGGAGCAUGUUUUCCUGCACAAGUUCAGAAUUACCUCCUCCUUCCAGUAAGAUAUAACAGCUAUUCUUCACCACUGCAAUAUAUCGCGUUGGAGGUGCUGGAGACACGGCGCUGUCUUCAUUUCAGGACACUGUGGUUGCGGACAUUGGAGGCUGCUUUUGCUGCCGAGGGUUGUGGAGCUUUAGGCUACGGGGAAACAAUUAAAGAAACGAAUGUACAUUGUCUAUCAAUUAGAUUAUGGCGACGACAACAAGGAGAUAAGAU